CGGGACCUUUUCAUUAGCUGCUGCUAGCUUCUCUCUAGCUAGUUUUGUCCUCCUUUCUCCGUCCGUCCUUCCGAACUUUGGACCUGAACCCGGGUUUAGAUGGCCGCUGCCGCCCUGAAGAGCUGCUCUGUUUGGCGGUUCGUCAAACUAAGAAGGUUGCUCAGAUCCAGUGUUCCCAGUCUGACCUUCCAUACUACAGCAUCUCCUCUGAUGGGUUCCACGGUGGAGGAUUUCGAACAGGCGAAGAGUAAACUGUCGUCGCUUAACAAAGAUCCAGGAAACGAGGUCAAACUGAAGAUCUACGCUCUCUUCAAACAGGCCACUCAAGGUCCCUGCAACACUCCUAAACCAGGAAUGCUGGACUUUGUGAACAAGGCCAAAUGGGACGCUUGGAAGUCUCUGGGCUCCAUUUCUCAGAAUGAAGCCAGGGAGCAGUACUGCAACCUCAUUGGCUCUUUGGUGGAAGCAGAGGGAGGAAGCUCCGCCCAGGUUGCUGCGAAGCCUGCAGGGGGCGGAGCCACAUAUGAGACGCUGUUGGUCACCACAGCCGAUAGCAUCACCAGGAUCACGUUGAACCGAGCGGCCAAGAAGAACGCCAUCACACCUGAGAUGUAUAACGAGAUCAUCGCAGCUUUGGAGCAGGCAGCUAAAGAUGACUCAAAGUUAGCUGUUUUCACAGGAGCUGGGGACUUCUACUGCAGUGGGAAUGACCUCUCCAACUUCACCAAGAUCCCAGAGGGAGGGGUCCAGGAAAUGGCCAGGCAGGGUGCAGAGCUGCUCAGGAAGUAUGUGAGGGCGUACAUCGACUUCCCGAAGCCUCUGGUUGCCGUGGUGAACGGGCCGGCUGUGGGAAUCUCCGUCACCGUGUUGGGACUCUUUGAUCUGGUCUACGCCACAGAGCGGGCCACCUUCCAUACUCCCUUCACCCAGCUGGGUCAGAGCGCAGAGGGCUGCUCCUCGUACACCUUCCCCAGAAUAAUGGGCCCCACCAAGGCCAGCGAGAUGCUGCUGUUCAAUAAGAAGCUGACGGCGACCCAGGCCUGUGAACUUGGUCUGAUCACUGAGGUUUUCCCAGACAGCAGCUUCCAGUCCGAGGUGUGGACCAGACUGAAGACCUACGCCCAGCUGCCUCCCCAUUCCCUGGCUCUGUCCAAACAGCUGAUCCGAUCCGUGGAGAAGGAGCGUCUCUAUGCCGUGAACAACGCUGAGGUGGAGCGCCUGAUGGAGCGCUGGACGUCAGAAGAGUGUUUCAACGCCGUCAUGAGCUUUUUCCAGGCCAAGGCCAAGCUCUGAGGGGAAACACAGGAGAUGUUUGUCCCAUGGAGGAGGAACCAUGGACAUGUUGUGGAUCAGAAUAGAACCCGGGGUCUCAUUUACAAAACAAUGUGUAGGAUCUAUAGAACACCGUGGUCAUCAAGCAGCUUCUCCUUUCUAAACCACAGCUGCUCCUCAACGUUUGCUACCAGGUUCCUCCUCAUGUUCUGCCCUCUACACUCCAACCAUAGAUGGUCGAUGCAGAGCAUCUCAUGAAGGUCAAGGUGUUUUUAAAUGAGCCAGUUCGUCACUGUUGGUUCAUGGUUACCAAUGGCAACCAGGAGAAAAGAGGCAGAAAUGGAGGUGCUGGUGAGUGAAGUGGAGAACAUCUGAUGUCUGGUCAGGUUAACAAAGCCAUCCAGGACGGCAGGUAUUACUGCGCUCAGCGCUGGAUGAGAUAUCCCGGACCUCUGGAUCAUUUCACAGAAUCAUGAGGUUCCUAAAAGUGUCUUCAGGCUGAGACUUCAUUAACUGUUGAUGUUAAACACAGACCUGUCAGCUAAUUAACGCUGGUAAGAGCCGGUUACCAGGAACCCCAGACUGGUUCACACUUGGAACUGGACAGGGACGAUGUGGUUCCGGCGGGUCGGUCUCUCCAGUACUGGACCCAGUGCAGCACAUAGGUCCAAGAGCUAUGCUCUAUGGAGUCUGAAUCAGCAUAUUAGACCUUGGUGACCCCUCCUAAUGGUGUUGUCUGUUCUGUCCGUACGCAACGUUUCUAAAUGAGACCCCGGGUCAGUUCUGCUCGGACACAUGAAGAGCAGCAGGAGCUAAUAAACUGAUCCUAAUGUUUUAGAGAUGAUUUUAUUCUGUUUGAUUCUGUUUCAACUGGAGCUUAGUUUAGUUUAGAAGAACAUUUAACCUUCAGGAAGAUGUCCAGCUGUUUGGUUUGGAAGAUCUAGGUUCUGGUGAAACAUCUGAACGGCUGUUAGAUGGAUCCUCUGCCUUCUCCUGCUGCGCCACCAUCAAGUGGACCUUUGAACCAUGAUGAACCGUGAGCUGGAGCUUCAGUCUAGAUGACGGCUCGCUGCCUGCAGAGGAAACAUGGGCAGCAGCAGAAGAAUCGUUCCUCUCUUUGUUAUCAGCAGCAGAAUCAUGGUGGACUAUCCCUUUAGUGUUUGAGUCCAACUGGACAGACCCUCUGGUCCUCUGAUGUUAAAGCUGAGCAGAUGUCUUCAUGGAUUCUUCACCAUCAGCUCUGCAGACAAACCUGAAGCCUUCACUGAACUCACAGCAUCAUCUGAUGAUUUCUAAUAUGAGAAGCUUCAGUUUGGAGUAAAAGUGCCUUCAACAUUCUGGGAGAUGUUCAGAGUCAAAGCUGCAGCUCAUAGGUUUUCAUCAGGAAACAGGAAUUUGGGUCAGGUGGAAAUAAACUGGUUCUGGAAACAUCUAAAGUUUGCUUCUGAGCUUCAAACAAUAAGUUUAUUUGAAACUUAGUGAGAAUUUGGUGAGAUUUUCCUCCUGAAACAAUAUUUCUGCGUUUUCUGCUGGUUCUUCUAGAAACAGUGAAAGUUGUGAGGUUUCCUUCUCGUUUUCUCUAACGUGAGUUUACUUGACAUGAACAUUAAAACGUCCAAAACCAGAGAAAUGAAUCAGAUUUCUCACCUUCGUCUCAUCAUUUAUGUCCCAUGAUACCAGAACCUUUGAUGGAUGACUGCUUCAUGCAUCGGUACACAGUUUGUUCAGAUGUUGAACGGAUCAGAUCCAACAUGUUCCUGAAGGUGAGUUCAGUGUUCCUCAGAGGAACGAGCAGUGAGCUCCAGCCAGUAGCUACCAUCACUGAUUCACCAUGGCAACGGCUGGAAGUAGGUCCUGAUGCUGCUGUAGCUCCUUCAGGUUGAUAAUAUUUUCCACGAAGACGUUCCGGAAACAGAACAAACAUCCUCAAUCAAUUCCUCUUAUGUCAGCUGUUCCAUAGAACAAAGUUCUGUUUGAUUUACACGACCAGAACAUAAUGAAAUGCUGCCUCAGAGGGCAACACGAACAUCUGUCAGGGUUCUGGAUCCAUUUUCUACCCGUUCACACUUCUUUCUGAAGACGUUGUGCUUCCGGGUCCUUCAACAGAGCAGAGUUGAACUGUUCUCCAUACGUUCCCAGGUUCCCAGUAAAGGACUUCUACUGGGAGCUACAGAUAAGGCAAACACGGGUUUACUAAACCAGGAAAGUGGACCACAAAGUUCUACGCAGAGUGAUGAUGGUAGAUCAUGAUUAAACAUUAUAUUCACUCAUAUUGCAAAUCCUAACUGGAUCAAGAUGUUUCUGUGAAUUCCUCCAAUACCUGCAGGAGAUAACUUUGAGCAUGUUGAAGAGAGAGGGUUAUAGUAAUGGUCCACAGGUUCUGGUUCCAUUAGUUCUGAUGAGGUCUUCCCAUCUGAUCCGGACAGUGCAGGGAACGACCUUUGAACUGCAGUAUGUUGUGAUGUGUAAUAAUGAAUCCUUCAACAUGCAGUGAUGGUGUGUUCUCAUCACAUCUGGAGUUAAAUUGGUCUGAGGGUGCACCGGACCACCUGCCAGAACUGAGCUCUUGACAUGGACCUGUAGGCAGCCGCCUAGGGCGCCAUCUACUGAAGGGGGCGCUGCUGAGACAAGUGAAAACUUGGAAUAAAAUAAAUAGCAACAAUGAACCUGCAGAGUGUCUGUGAGUGAAUGCUAACCUUUUAACUUCUGUUAGGAGUUAGCAGGAGGUUCUGAUGUUCCAAGCUGAAGCUUCUAAAAGAGCUCUUCCACUAACUGAACGUUGGAUACGAAGCUAUGAUCAGAGGCUAGCUUGAGGGAGGCGUGUUCCUCCUGAACCUGCUGAGAUGUUAGAUGUUAGAACAGCUUUAUGUGACUUACCUGCUGAAUGCUUGUUGGACAGUACUUCCUGUGUGAAUGGGCCAAGGAGAACCUAUACUGGGUCCAAAAUAAAUUAGUCAUGUUUAAAAAACUCAAAAAUAAAAUUUUACUUCAGAUCA